AUGAACAAAUUAUUUUUUUUCUUUUGUUUUUUUUUGAACAUAUUUUUUUAUAAAGCAUGUUGUGAGAAAACGGCGCUGUUGCCUUUUUCGGAUAUUCUGUCAACUGUGUCAGAUAUAGCAGAUGCUGUUUCACCGAAAGGGGAGGAUGACGUCGAGCCAAUUUCAGAACCGAUUGCCCGAAUUAAUUUAAAAAUUGUUCCUUCAAAAAAACUAAAUAUCAGUAAGAAUGAUAUGGUGUUUUUAUUAUCAGAACUUAAACAAGAGAUUAGGAGACAAGUCAAUAUACUAGAAGAAGAAUUAGAAGAAAAGGAAAGAAUUCGACGAAGAUCUUCAUCCUUAUGGUCAACUAAUAAUUCUUCAGUUUAUGUUCCCGAAGAAGGAGAUAAUAAACAGAUCGAAAACAUUGAUGAUACAGAAAAGGAGGAAAUAGAAAAUUUGUUGGACUCUUUAAAUAAGAUUGGAAAUGAUGAAAAUGAGAAAAACUUGGAUAAUAUUUCUUUUGACAUAAAAAUUAACAAAGACGAAAAAUUAGAGGAUAACCAAGAAGACAUUAUAAAUUCUUCGAGACUUAAACAAGCAUCUUUCAGGAAUGGCCCUAUAACACCUCGAUCACCGUAA